AUGGACACUGAUGACGAUCAAAAAAUGGCCAUGCUCCGCAAGGCAUUCCAGAUGUUCGAUACAACCAAGUCUGGCUAUAUCGAUGUUUUGAAGAUCUCCACCAUCCUCAACACCAUGGGACAGUUGUUCGAUGACUCUGAACUUCAGGCCCUCAUCGGUGAAAAUGACCCGGAAAAUUCAGGCAAAAUCAAUUUCGAUGGUUUCUGCAAUAUUGCUUCUCACUUUUUGGAGGAGGAAGAUGCCGAGGCUAUGCAACAGGAACUGAAAGAAGCUUUCAGAUUAUACGAUCGCGAAGGCAAUGGUUAUAUUACCACAUCCACUCUUAAAGAGAUUCUGGCUGCUCUGGAUGACAAGCUCAGCUCUAGUGACUUAGAUGGCAUCAUCGCUGAAAUCGACACUGACGGUUCCGGAACCGUUGAUUUCGAUGAAUUCAUGGAAAUGAUGACUGGAGAUUAA